CUGGACUCUAAGACCAAAGAGCGAAAAUGGCUUCCAUAAUAUCCGAGAACUUGAAAUUCUUUGCUUUGUUCUUCAAGAGCCGGGAUGUUAUGAUAUUUAAUGGGCUGAUUGCCUUGGGAACCGUGGGCAGUCAAGAACUUUUCUCGGUGGUUGCCUUCCAUUGUCCGUGUUCUCCGGAAAGAAACUAUCUGUACGGAUUGGCUGCCAUCGGUGUCCCUGCUCUCGUCUUGUUCCUCAUCGGGAUCAUUCUAAACAACCACACGUGGAAUAUGGUCGCGGAAUGUCGUAAGAGAGGGCUGAAGAACUGCUCGGCUCCGGCGACUUUCUUAUUGUUUGGAUCCAUUGUAGGAAGGGCGGUGGUGGCCCCCGUUACGUGGUCUGUGAUUUCACUAUUACGCGGGGAAGCCUACGUGUGCGCCAGAAGCGAAUUCCUCGAUCCUUUCACGUUUUCAGAUGUUAAUACGCUCUACGGGCCAGACAUUUUGGCAAGGAUCCCCUGCAAAGAUGCCCCAGCAGUUGUCCUGCCCUUUAGAGAAGAAGCAGUAAGAAGAUUGAAGUAUGAAUCACAGUUCCUCGGUUGGAUAAUGAUCGCUGUAGUCGCAUCAACCAUAUUUUUGCUGAAGUGUUUGCAGCAUUGCUGUUCGCCGAUGAGUUACCAUCAGGAGGCUUACUGGUCACAGUACCGGACCUGCGAAAAGGAUCUCUUUAGUCGGACAGCGGAGGUCCACGCCAAGAUCCUGGCUGCCAGCAACGUCAAGCAGUUCUUUGGCUUUGUGGCUCUGGAUAAGGAGGAGAAGGAACUUGUCAAUGAAUACCGAGUGGAAGAGGCCCAACCGAGUCCUCAGUGGAACGAAAUUACCGGGGUUUACUUGUAUCGGGAAAAUAAAGGGUACCCGUUGUACAGCCGUCUCCAUAAAUGGGCUAAAAAGUUAAUAGGGAAUGGCCUGGACCCUGAAGGCAGGGAAAUGGCGUUGCUUGCUGUGUAAAACUUGACUUGGGAUUGGAAGACGAAUUAUGGGUUCCCAAGUAACGAACGUUCUAAAUGAAAGAACUUACAGAACGAUUAUUCAUCAACAACACCGAUAACUGAAUGUAACGUGAUCUAUCUCAAACCUUUUAUCCGAAGCCACUUUGUUGCAAACGGCUUGAAAACUUGAACCACUCUUCAGACCACUGCCGUCCCACCAAUGGUCUCGGCAAAUGCUGUAAUUGAGCAAGGCCCGUAGGUUGUGAUAUUACAUGAUUUCGUCUCCUUGUAUAUGGCCCACUGACCUUGUUUUCCAAGUGAUUGGUGGCCCUCCAUAGCCACAACUUGGACAACACCGCUGUAGGUCCUAUACUAACAGACCCAUGAAGUCCCCUCUAGCCGGGUAACAUUUAGAU